CGGUUCCCCCUUAUCUCUUCUCUGCCUCCAAUCCAUGGCGGCAGGCACGGCCGUCAACCCCAUGCCCAUGGUGGAAGGCCUUCCCCUGUCUCUGCCAGCCGCUCUCUUCUCUUCUGUUUCCCCUCCCUCUCUCCUCCCGUUUCCCCGCUCCUCCAGGCCCCUCCGCUUUCCCCGCCUCUCUCGCUCCUCUUCGUUGCUGCCCUUUAGAAAGAUCCUUCCUUUGCCACCCUUCGUGGCACAGACCUCUGGCUGGACCCUCCAGGCGGAGGAGGAGGAGGAGGAGGAAGUGGAGGAGAAUGAGCUCGAAGAUGGAGGUUUUGGCUUGGAAGGGCUCGAGGGGGAAACGGAGGAUGGGGUGGAGCCUUAUGGCGAGCCGGCCGAGGAGGCGAAGCUCUUCGUCGGGAACCUCCCCUACGAUAUGGACAGCGAGAAGCUGGCUCAGCUCUUCGAUAAGGCUGGAGUCGUCGAGGUCGCCGAGGUGAUAUACAAUCGGGGGACUGAUCAGAGUCGUGGAUUUGGAUUUGUGUCCAUGAGCACGAUUGAAGAAGCAGACAAAGCUGUGGAGAUGUUUCAUCGUUCUGAAAUUAGUGGCAGGCUUUUGACUGUAAACAAAUCAGCUCCCAGAGGGAGACGUGCGGAAAGAACACCUCGACAAUUUGAACCAUCUUUAAGGAUCUAUGUUGGCAAUUUGCCUUGGCAAGUGGAUGAUGGCCGCCUAGGGCAAAUUUUUAGGGAACAUGGUAAAGUGCUGGAAGCAAGGGUGGUGUAUGAUAGAGAGACUGGACGGUCACGUGGUUUUGGCUUUGUUAAAAUGGCAGCACAGUCUGAAAUGGAUGAUGCAAUUGCUGCUCUUGAUGGACAGAGUUUCGAUGGUCGGGCACUAAGAGUUAAUGUUGCUGAGGAGAGGCCACGGCGUGCUGCCUUUUGAUGUGGAAAAGCCAAGAAUUUCUUUAUCUUAAAGAUGUUGUUGACUGGAACAAAUUACUGUCACAAAACAUCUUUUGUUUGCUUUUAUAGCUUGUGCCGAGGUACCUCCUCUUCCUGUUUUUUCCUUCUGUUUUUUGCUUAAGGACUUCUAAUGGUAAAGGUGUGUUUGCAUUUA